UUCGUCUACAAGUUCUAAAAUUCUGAUAACUAUAAAUUUCUCCUAAUUUAUGGCUAAUUAGCUAUUUUGUUAGUGGUAUUGGUCAAUAGACGUGCAUUGUAUUUAGAGUGCAGUUCAGAAUAAGUGUAAAUUAUCGUCUAGCGAAUUUUGAGUUGGGGGCGGAUUGGAUUAGUUUUUCCGAUAUCAACAGUUUAACAAAAAAUGCUGUAAUAAUUUAGAAUUGAAAGGAAAAUAUUUCCCUUUUAUAAAAAUGCGUACCGACGUCGAGAAAGAGGCAGGCUCAACGCUCCUGAAAAAAUAUGGCCAGUUCUUCAAGCAGCAAUAUCAUGAUUGUAUAUCACUUUCUAACAAUGAGUAUUGGGAUGAAAAUAAAACAUUUUUACCAGUUCAAGUGGUCAUGGAGUCGUGUGAACUCAUUCCUAUCACAGAAUUGGUUUCUUCAGACAACACUUUAAUGACAAAAGUACUCAGUGUCCUUUCUUCACUUUGUAUUGAAGUGAUGACCUUAAAACGGGAGGCACAUGAAAGACACUUUAUUUUCUGGCUGCUUAUGAUGAAUACAACAAAAGUGAUACCAGUUCACAAAUGGAAGCAAUAUGCCAACUAAGUGCCUUCAUAAGCCGCUGUGAAGACACAUUGAAGAAUCUCUGCACACAGACUUUUGCCUUAUUUGCUGAAAACAUCAUAAACUUGUCAAAGAUCCAGCUCCACUACAUAAUAAAUCACAUAGGAGAGAUGUUCACUAUUGUAGUUCUAUUAGAGCUCUUGAUCUCCAGCUCAUCUCUCACCAGAAACUGGCGCAAUUACUGCAAAAGGCUAAAAACCUUGCAGCAGAAUGCAGAAACUGUGGACCUGCCCGAUGAUAAAUUUGUUGCAGUACUGGGAGCCAUUGAUAACAUAACAGCUAAAGUUAUGAAUGAUGAUAUUGUGCUGAACUCCCUUAAUAGCCUGCUUGGCCUAAGAAAAACCCUGAUUGACCGGAAUUGCUCAAUGAUUGCUGAUCAAUUCAGUCAUUAUUUGAGACUUGCCAUAGCCAGCCUUGACAAGCUAGUGCAAGACAAACCUAAUGUCAGCAGUAUGAAUAAGUGUAUAAAAAUUAAUGCACUUUUUGUAUUGAAUUCACACUUGUUUGGAAAUAAUGACAAGAAAAAUUUCAAGGCUCUUAUUGAAUUGAACACUAAGGCACAUAGUGUACCUAUUGUAGGAACUGCAGAUGACUAA